AUGGCCUGGCGUUCCAAAGGGUUGAAUAAUGCGGAUCUUAUUCGUCAACUGCAAGAGUACAACAUCAUCAAAUCGGAAGCGGUCGCACAGGCAAUGAUAGCUACCGAUCGGAAGCAUUACGUACCGGAAAGCCGGGAACCGUAUGUCGAUGCGCCUCAACGGAUUGGACACAGUGCUACUAUCAGUGCACCGCAUAUGCACGCCCAUGCGCUGGAACUCUUGCAGCCGUACCUGAAGCCCAACAGUAAGGUGUUGGACGUUGGUUCUGGGUCGGGAUAUUUAACCGCUUGCUUUGCCCGCUUCAUACACCAGGAUCCGACUGCUACCGGGUACGCUGUCGGCAUUGAGCACCAUCCGCGGCUUGUCGAGCUGGGUCGCAAAAACAUCGGUCAGGACGAUCAAUCGUUAAUCGAUACGGGCAAGCUGAUACUCGUCGAAGGUGAUGGUCGACAAGGUUGCAAGGAGCAUGCCCCGUACGAUUGCAUUCAUGUGGGAGCAGCUGCACCUGAAACACCGCAAGAGCUAAUCAACCAGCUGAAACCGGGAGGCAGGCUGAUUGUACCGGUCGGUCCGGAAGGCAGCACACAGUAUCUGGAGCAGAUCGAUAAAGCGCUAGACGGGCAGAUCACCAACACCAAACUGAUGGGGGUGAUGUACGUGCCGUUGACGGAUCUGCACAAAUGA